AUGGAAACUAACUAUGCAGAGGUGGCUUUGCAAAUUAGAAACAUGUCCUGGGAAUUUGUUGGUAUCGGAGGCGCUCUCAACGGCCAUGCCUGCAGGAGCGCCUCACUGCUCGUGUGCUCUCCCUGGCUUCGCGCCUCAAGAUUUGAUGGCGUAGCGAGUCGCUUUGCCUUCCGCAGAGGAGCUACGGGGGUGGGAGCUUGCGAGCAAGCCAUGAAAACAGCCCGCAUUUUCCGCGUUACGCGUGGCAACAACGCUCCAGGCCACUACCAAAGCAGCACAAACACUGGGGUGGCAGGUUCUGGACGGUGUCUGCACACUCCCGAUAUCAGCUCGUUGCUCCAAGAUGCGCAGCUGCUGCACCCUCUGCUGCAACAGCUGAAGCGGAGGACCUUCUUCCGCAUUUUCAAGCUGAACAUCAAGCAGAAGACUUGUGCAGACACCCCAGCAGCAGCAGCGGAUUUGGUGACUGACGAAGAUGAAGGAAAGUGUGAAGCGCCAGAAAAGUGCGGACUCUGCACAUGCAGCGACGAGCAAGUGCCUCUCAGCUGGAAGCAAAAGCCGAUAGAAGACUUUGUGGACAGGAGACACGCAGCGGCGCAGCCUCCCGUGUAUGUAGACUUGAUGCGAAAUCCUCCAGGGUAUACUGAAUACCAGGGGGGCCCUAUAUGGGAUGCUUUGCAGCACCAGCUAUUUCGACUGCAGCAGCAAGAGCUGCAGCAGAACUACCAAGGAGAUGCGAGAACGUGCGGCACUGCAGCCAAGCUGUCUUUGAUCCUCUCUGGCAUGCAAUCCAACAUCUCAGCCCUCGCUGGGGAAUACUACUACUCGAAUUUCUCGCAGCUUCACCAGCAGUCCGAGCAACAAGAUGCCGUAGAAACGCCUCUUCCCCCCACCCCUGCGCCUUCCGUCUCCUUCUUCCUUUCGCGCUUUGCUCGGCAUCCUGAGAGGCUUCAGAGUCUCUUCUUCACUUUCGCCUUCAUCCUGAAGGGUGUCUGCCGACUCACAGAUGUUUUGCAGGAAUGUAGCUGCGAGACAGGAAACACGUCAGACGAUUUGCCCGCCCGUGCAGAAUUGCUGCAAGUCCUCAAUGCAACUGCCUCUCAGCUCUCUGCAUGCAACAGCCCUUUGGCAGGUGGUGGUUGUGUGUUGCGCAGCCCCUUAGGCUUCCUGGAGUCUGCCGAGAGCAUCGAGUCGCUGCUGCGUUGCGUCUCCUGCGAGAAGUGCCAGCUGCAUGGCACCAUCAAACUCACUGCACUCAGGCUUGCUGCAAAAGCUGCAACAGAAAACACACCUCUAACACAUUUGGAGAGGAACGAAGUGACGGCCACUCUGAACGCCUUGUACUACUUCGCUGAUUCGAUCUUAGCAGUGGAGCGCAUGCGUUUCAGGCGUAGUAGCAGUACCGAGAGCAUACUCCCCAGCUCAUGCAUUUCAGAUGCCCCUGCAGCACCUCCCUUAUUUACAACUGUAUUCAAUGCUUUCCAGUUUUAA